UGCCCUCCGGCCGCCGCGCCGCCCGCCCGCCGGGGCCCCGCUGUCCGCUGCCCGCCGCCGCUAGAGCUGGAGGGUCUCCCUCUGUCACCCAGGCUGGAAUGCUGUGGCAGCUCACUGUAGUCUCAAACUGCUAGGCUCAAGCGAUCCUCCCACCCCAGCUUCCCUAGUGGCUGAGACUGCAGGCACACACCACUACACCUAAUGUUGUCAUUAGUUUUUCUCUCAAACAUUUUUCUAAUGCCUUGGGUGCCUGUCGUUUCUUGUCUGCUAGGACAGCUCAGUAUUAGAGGAUAAACUCCGAAAUGGACAGCCAUCUACAAAAGAUGAGGUCUUCCUGUGUUGCCCAGGCUGGUAUUGAACUCUUGGCCUCAAGAUCCUCCCACCUCAGCCUCCCAAAGUGCUGGGAUUACAGGUGUGAGCCACCUCGCCCAGUCAGCACCUGAUGUCUGUCUGUCUGUCUGUCUUUCUUUUUUUUUUUUUGACAGAGUUUCGCUCUUGUUGCCCAGGCUGGAGUGCAAUGGCACAGUCUUGGCUCACUGCAACCUCCACCUCCCGGGUCCAAGCAAUUCUCCUGCCUCAGCCUUCCAAGUAGCUGGGAUUACAGGUGCCCACCACCAUGCCUGGCUAAUUUUUGUAUUUUUAGUUGAGGUGGGGUUUUGCCAGGUUGGCCAGGCUGGUCUCGAACUCCUAACCUCAGGUGAUCCACCUGCCUCGGCCUCCCAAAGUGCUGCGAUUACAGGUGUGAGCCACCUCGCCCAGCCAGCACCUAAUGUAUUUCUUCACUAAUUUUCCCCUACUAGAAUGUCGGCUCCAUGAAGCCAAAGACAAUCCUCUUCCCUGUUGUACAUAUUCCCUGACCUUGGAGAGGGGCUGCCACACAUUGGCGCCCAGGCACUUGUUGGAUGAACAGUCGAGGUGCGAAGGGCAGUGCUGGGGACUUGUCUGGUUUCUUUCCAGGAUGACUUCUUGCAUGAGGUUGAGCAGAAACUCUCACCUGUGAAUUGUCACCUCCUGACUUUGUCUUCUGCACCUUUGGCCUUGACCCAAGGGGGCGGGUGGCAUGGAGCCGCUCUAAGAGAUGGAUUUGCAGCCACUGCAAGUGUGUGGAAGGGCCGUGUUCGUGUUGGCAAAGAAGGUCGGCUGCUGAGCCAGGGCGUGUCUCCCGGAGGCCUGUGGGCUGCCAGGAUCCCCACCUCUCUGCAAUGGGCUGCCCAGGCUGACCAGCCGGUUCCUGCUGGAAGCUCCUGGUCUGAUCUGGGGAUACCAUGUCCAAGCCCCCCGACCUCCUGCUGCGGCUGCUCCGGGGCGCCCCAAGGCAGCGGGUCUGUACCCUGUUCAUCAUCGGCUUCAAGUUCACGUUUUUCGUCUCCAUCAUGAUCUACUGGCACGUUGUGGGAGAGCCCAAGGAGAAAGGGCAGCUCUAUAACCUGCCAGCAGAGAUCCCCUGCCCCACCUUGGCACCCCCCACCCCACCCUCCCACGGCCCCGCUCCAGGCAACAUCUUCUUCCUGGAGACUUCAGACCGGACCAACCCUAACUUCCUGUUCAUGUGCUCGGUGGAGUCGGCCGCCAGAACUCACCCCGAAUCCCACGUGCUGGUCCUGAUGAAAGGGCUUCCGGGUGGCAACGCCUCCCUGCCCCGGCACCUGGGCAUCUCACUUCUGAGCUGCUUCCCGAAUGUCCAGAUGCUCCCGCUGGACCUGCGGGAGCUGUUCCGGGACACACCCCUGGCCGACUGGUACGCGGCCGUGCAGGGGCGCUGGGAGCCCUACCUGCUGCCCGUGCUCUCCGACGCCUCCAGGAUCGCACUCAUGUGGAAGUUCGGCGGCAUCUACCUGGACACGGACUUCAUUGUUCUCAAGAACCUGAGGAACCUGACCAACGUGCUGGGCACCCAGUCCCGCUACGUCCUCAACGGCGCUUUCCUGGCCUUCGAGCGCCAGCACGAGUUCAUGGCGCUGUGCAUGCGGGACUUUGUGGACCACUACAACGGCUGGAUCUGGGGUCACCAGGGCCCGCAGCUGCUCACGCGGGUCUUCAAGAAGUGGUGUUCCAUCCGCAGCCUGGCCGAGAGCCGCGCCUGCCGCGGCGUCACCACCCUGCCCCCUGAGGCCUUCUACCCCAUCCCCUGGCAGGACUGGAAGAAGUACUUUGAGGACAUCAACCCCGAGGAGCUGCCGCGGCUGUUCAGUGCCACCUAUGCUGUCCACGUGUGGAACAAGAAGAGCCAGGGCACGCGGUUCGAGGCCACGUCCAGGGCACUGCUGGCCCAGCUCCAUGCCCGCUACUGCCCCACGACGCACGAGGCCAUGAAGAUGUACUUGUGAGGGGCCCGCCAGGUCACCUCCCCAACCCGCUCCUGAUGGGGCACUGGGCCGCCCUUCCUGGGGAGGCAAGAUUGGGGGCCCGGGAGACGGAGGCCCGAGCUGCCACCGGGAUUAGGCAGGCUGUUGAGGAGCUGUGGGAGCAGGCCGAGUGGGAGGCUGUGGACACCCCCAGGACAGUGUCCUGUCUCCAGGCAGGGCUGACACAUGGUGCCAUAGCCAGCGGAGGGUGCUCAGUGAGCGCCCCGGGCCUUCUAGACAACAGGCAGGAAGGAUGAACCUCAGGGCACCCCCAGGUGGUGCGGAAAGCCAGGCAGUUGGGACAGAGGUGCCCACGAGGGCAGAGGCCGGUGCUAAGGGGACGGGGAAGGAGGGACAAGAUUCCCAGAGAGGAGAGGAGGAUGUUGAUAGGAAAGUGGCAGGGCUGGGGGAGACCCAGCCCCAAGGGUCCGGGGCGGAGGAUGCUUUGCUCUUUUCUGGUUUUGGUUCCUCUUUCGCCGGGGGCGGGGUGGGGGUCAACAGGGACUGAGUGGGGCAGAGGCCCAGAAGUGCCAGCCUGGGGAGCCGUUUAGGGGCAGCCCCUUCUGCCCACCCCAUCCUUCCUCCUCUCCAGAGAUGCCAGGGGGGCGUGUAUGCUCUGCCCCUUCCCUCAGACGGGGGCUGGGUGGGGAGGCUCUUUAGGCUCAGGAGAAGCAUUUUAAAGAAACCCCCACCCUGCCGCCUGCAUUAUAAACACAGGAGAAUAAUCAAUAGAAUAAAAGUGACCGACUGUCA